GACGCGACAUAGCUUAGUGCAAACACAGCAGAACCACCACACAAUGAGCUGAGAGCUCCGAGCAUGUGAACCGAUUCCGCACAGAGGAGGGAGAACCACACCAAACAGCCAGCCAACCAUAAGUAUCGAAAGCAUAAAUAAGUAUUCAUGUAUAUAAACAAAACGCUCGCCAAGAUUGGGCCUCAUUUCUAAAACUACACUCGAGCUUGAGACAACGUCGCGCAGCUAAAAAACCAAAAACCAAACAGGAAUACGAAAAAGCCAAAAGAUCGUUUCGCCAAAUACUAUUAACUCAAUUUCAGUAACAAAAAUAACUUAUUCGAAAACCUAUUAAAAGGACUUUAACUAGUUAUGGUCAUGGAAAUGUCCAAAACCUAUCAGUAUCGCAAGGUUAUGAAACCUUUGUUGGAACGAAAGCGAAGAGCACGCAUCAACAAGUGUCUGGAUGAUCUCAAGGAUCUCAUGGUCGAGUGUUUGACCCAGGAGGGUGAACAUGUGACGCGUUUGGAAAAGGCCGACAUCUUGGAGCUAACGGUGGAACACAUGCGCAAACUGAAACAACGUGGCAAUUUGGCGGUGCGCUCCUCCACCCUCAAUGCCCAUGUGGAGUCAUUUCGCUCGGGAUAUGUGCAUGCUGCUGAUCAAAUAUCCCAGGUACUGCUGCAACAGUAUUUCGAUGAUGAUGUCAGGAGUAAAUUGAUGAAAUUUAUGUCAACGCGCCUUUUGGAUAUGCAACACAAUUUGGGACUACAAAAUAACAUAGGGGGUGCGGCAAUAAUCGAACCUAAUAACCUGACAACAAAUCAUGACAUGCCAGCCCAGCAAUUGGCAAAUAACAGGAUUCAUAUAAGCGAGGAUUGCCUAACCCAUUACCGGCGUCUUAACACUGGCUAUCAUAGGGAUAGCAAGGAGUCCAAUGAUAUGAUCGACAUCAUAACCGUAGACAACUCAAUGGAUUCUUCUGCUUCUGCUUUGUCAGCGAACUCCAGCAACUCGGAGCCGGUGUGGAGACCCUGGCAAUUGGGCUCCAAAGAAAUGUGUUAAUACAAAACUAUCAGGACUAAAUUUAGAUUCAAAGUUACCAAUCGGGCAACAAGAUCCUCAGUCUUCCAACCUAGACUAUGCUAAGACAUCCAUCAGUAUGUGGAUUACGCAAAAAAAACCCAAAAACCAACAAAUGGCGUGUAAAUAAGUGAGAGUUUGACUGUGAUAUAAAACGAAAUACACCCUAACUUUAUUUAUUUGAUUAUUAAAUGAUCCCUAAUAGAGGACCAAAAAAAAAACAUAAAUGAAAAUAAUUUCAGUGUAAGAUUCUAUGAGAAAAUAAAAGUAAAUUAGCUUUAUUAUUAAAUUAUUAAGAAAAGGU